AUGCUGGGGAUGUUCCUGGUAGCACUCGACAAUACCAUCCUCAGCACAGCGAUCCCGAAGAUCACAGAUCAAUUCAAAGACCUAAGCAAGGUAUCGUGGUAUGGAGCCGCAUACUUCAUGACGUUCGGUGGCUUUCAAUCGACCUGGGGAAAGUUGUUCAAGUACUUCCACAUCAAGAUCUGGUAUCUGGUUGCCAUGGUGGUCUUUGAGGUUGGCAGUCUGGUCUGCGCUGUAGCUCAGGAUCCAACGACGCUGAUUGUCGGUCGAGCAAUUGCUGGUCUUGGUGGAUCCGGUGUGACCGUUGGACUUUUCACGAUCAUUGGAUUUGCCGCUCCACCAGAGAAACGUCCUCAGUUUCUCGGUAUGCUAGGUGCGACGUACGCCAUCGCUGCAGUGCUUGGUCCCUUGAUCGGUGGUGCUUUUACGGAGAAGGUGUCCUGGCGAUGGGUAAGAGAAUGGCCGUCUUCGAGUUUCGAAUGCGUCGCUGACCAGGUCAAGUGCUUCUACAUCAACCUCCCGAUCGGUGGGCUCGCCGUGGUGAUCACUAUGUUCUUCUUCAAGCUCCCCACAAACGCGAAGCCAGUAGCAGCCUCGCUCAAAGAGAAGUUCUUUCAGCUAGAUCUCGUGGGGGCGGCUCUGAUGAUGGCGUUGCUCAUCUCGUACAUCCUCGCUCUCCAAUAUGGCGGUCAGACGUAUGCGUGGGAUAGCAGCGUUGUAAUCGGCCUCUUGGUAGGCUUCGUCGCCAUUCUGGCGGUUUUCGUCGUCUGGGAGCUGUACCAGAAGGAGUACGCCAUGAUCGUGCCACGGCUGUUCGCCGAGCGAUACAUCUGGACCGGCUCACUUUUCCUGGUCUUCUUCAGCGGCUUCUACUUCGUAACCCUCUACUACCUUCCAAUCUACUUCCAAAGCGUUGACAAUGCGAGCCCAAUCGGAUCCGGUGUCAGAAUGCUGGCUUUGAUCUUACCGCUCACCUUCGCUGCCAUUGCACAAGGCUUUGCAUACACCAAGAUCGGGAUCACACCUCUGUUCUGGGUCGUUGGUGGAACACUUGGCACCAUUGGGUGCGGCCUCCUGUACACCAUGGACGAGUCGACGUCUACUGGCAAUUGGAUAGGUUAUCAGAUCCUGGUCGGGGUCGCAGUUGGUCUGACCAUGCAGGUCGCACUGCAGAACGCACAAGUCCAAUGCCGACCUGAAGAUCUGUCGCAGGCAACUGCCGUUAUAAACUUCUUUCUUACCCUCGGUGGAUCCAUAUUCAUCUCAGCAGCGCAGUGUGCCUUCAACAACGAGUUGAUCAAGUACAUUGCCGCCAACUUGCCCGGGAUUGAUCCUGCAGUGGCCUUAGGGACGGGAGCCACGGAGAUUCGAAAAGUCUUCACUGCUGAGCAGACAUCCAUCGUCAUCGAUGCCUACGUCGCUGGUUUGAAAAACGUCUUCAUCAUUUCCACUGCUGCCUUCGGAGCCGCCACGCUCGUUGGAUUCUUGGGAAAUUGGAAGAGGCUUGAUGCUGAGAAGAUCAAGAAGGCUGCCGGCGGUGCGGCCUGA